AUGGAGAGUUCAAGUUUACCAUUGCCAGACAGUUUUGACAAAGUAGGAGGACUAAAUCAAGCUGAACAAUGGCCAAAAUGGGCACGACGAUUUGAACGCUAUCGCACGGCAUCGGGCCUGGCGGCCAAACCCGACGGGGAACAGGUCAGUACACUGUUGUAUGCUAUGGGUGAUUGUGCGGAUGACAUCAUCGUAUCUCUCGGUGUAGAAGAGAAAUCAGCGAAGUAUGAUGAAGUGAUAACGGCGUUGAAUAAAUACUUCAAUGUACGGAAAAACAUCAUUGUUGAAAGAGCAAAAUUCAACAAAAGAGUACAAAGAUCAGGAGAGAGUGUAGACACAUUUAUCAAUGAUUUGUACAGACUUGCUGAGGACUGUGACUACAAGACGCUUAAGGAAGAGUUAAUAAGAGACAGAAUUGUAGUUGGAGUGCUAGAUGACUCACUUUCGGAUCAACUGCAGUCUAGAGAAGACCUUACUCUCACAAAAGCAGUACAGUUGAGUAGGCAAGCAGAAGCCAGGAAACAAAACAAGCCUGUCGUGAGAGGUUUUCCUGAGAGUGAGAGUUCAAACUCAUCCGUAGAGCAUGUCAGACACAAAAGCAGGGGAAAUUUCUCAAAGAAAACACCUCAGACUCAAAAUCUGCAAGGAAACUGCAAGUGGUGUGGAAGGCAGAAUCAUGUACGUGCCGACUGCCCCGCAAAAGAUGCAAAAUGCCAUCAAUGUGGAAAGAUGGGUCACUUCCAGUCUGUGUGUAGAAACAAAAAUCCAGGAAAAGGAAAACAAAAGGAAACAAAAGGAAAAGCUAGAGUGAGCGAAGUGGAUGCUUCUGAUGCUUUCGAUGACAUUGACAUCCCCUUUCUUGGCGAAAUCAGAGAGAAUGAGAAGACAUACUGGAGUGCAGCUAUUCUUGUAGAUGGGCUUGAAACACACUUCAAGCUAGAUACUGGAGCAUCAGUUACUGUGCUGUCUGAUUCUACUCCAUGGCUUAACAGAAAUAACCUACAACCAACAAACAAGAAGUUACUUGGUCCGGGAGAAAAGGUUCUGACUGUAAUUGGACAGAUGACAGCAACCCUCCAGCAUAGAGAUAAACAGAUCAAGGAAACUCUCUAUGUGGUUGAAAAUCAGAGAUGUUCAUUGCUGAGCAGGAAGGCAUGUUCAGACUUGAAUCUAAUCUGCAAGGUGGAGGAAGUAGACUACCAAAAUGGAGAAAAUGCAAACUUCGAGGCUGAAUUCCCACAGCUCUUCACUGGAUUGGGAAAACUGAAGACAGCAUACCAGAUCACAUUGGCUCCAGAUGUCAAACCAAUGUGCCUGUACACAGCCAGAAAAGUUCCGCACCCACUUCUACCCAAGGUGAAGAAAGAACUAGAGUCCAUGUUGAAGCAAGGGGUAAUCUCAAAAGUGACCGAACCAACAAAGUGGUGUUCAGGGAUGGUUCCAGUACUAAAGCCCAAUGGUUCAGUUAGAAUUUGUGUAGACCUCACAUCACUGAACAAAGCAGUUGAACGAGAGAUUCAUCCAAUGUCUUCAGUGGAUGAAAGCCUUGCGAAACUGGGAAAGAGUACAAUCUUCACAAAGUUAGAUGCCAACAGUGGUUUUUGGCAGAUACCACUAAGUGAUGAGUCCAAGCUGCUUACAACUUUCGUCACUCCAUUUGGGAGAUUCUGCUUCGACCGACUGCCAUUUGGCAUAACGUCUGCGCCUGAAGUCUUCCAAAGAACGAUGUCAAAUAUCCUGGAAGGACUUGAUGGAGUGAUUUGCCACAUGGACGAUGUGCUAAUCCAUGGUGUAACACAAGCAGACCAUGACACCAGAGUUCGAGCUGUCCUUCAACGUUUGCAGGGAGCAGGAAUCACACUAAACCAUGACAAGUGUGAAUUCUCACAACAGAGAGUGAAGUUCCUGGGGCACUUCAUAGACAGAACUGGUGUCAAAGUUGAUCCAAGCAAGACAAAAGCCAUUCGUGAUUUUCCAGCUCCACGUACAGUGAAGGAGUUACAAAGAUUCCUAGGAAUGGUAAACCAGGUGGGGAAAUUCCUCCCCGCACUAGCUUCUAUCAGUGAACCACUACGUCAACUUCUGAAGAAGGACAAUAUAUGGUGCUGGACAGAAGUACAACAGAGAUCUUUCAAACAGAUCAAAGAGAUGCUGAUCUCAACAGAAGUCUUGGCUCAUUAUGAUCCUGAACUACCAACAGUCAUUGCAGCAGAUGCAUCCUGUGCCGGAAUUGGUGCAAUCCUGUAUCAAGUGCAGAGAGAUGGAAAACGUAGACCAGUGUGUUAUGCAUCUCGAUCACUGACAGAGACUGAGCAGAGGUAUGCUGUGAUCGAAAAGGAAGCACUGGCAGCUACUUGGGCAUGCGAGAGAUUCUCUGAGUAUGUCCUGGGUCUUCACUUCGAAGUAGAAACCGACCACAAGCCAUUGGUCACACUUCUGAACUCGAAGGAACUUGCCAAAAUGCCUCCGCGUCUCCAACGCUUCAGAAUGAGAAUGAUGAGAUUUGACGCAAAGACUCUGUAUGUUCCUGGAAAACAGCAGACUUCGGCUGACACCUUGUCACGAGCGCCAGUAGAGAGGCCAGGAAGGAAUGAUGUCAGUUUCAUAGAGGAGGUUGAAUCCUAUGCGUCAACAUCAACCAUCAACCUACCAGUUACAGUGAAAAGACUAGAUGAAAUCAGAAAAGCACAAAAAGCAGAUGAAGUAUGUGCAAAAGUCAGAGACUACUGUAUCAAGGGAUGGCCAGAAUAUAUGCCACACAACCCUAUCCUGAAGAACUACUUUGAGCAGAGAGGACACUUGAGUGUGGUAGAUGACUUGCUGGUCUAUGAUGAAAGAUUGGUGAUUCCAAGAGCUCUGAGACUUGAUAUCCUUGAGAAGCUACAUCAAGGACAUCUAGGAAUAACCAAAUGCAGAGGAAGAGCCAGAGAAUCAGUGUGGUGGCCAGGUCUAUCAACAUCAUUGGAGGAAAUGAUUUCAAACUGUACAACCUGUGCUAUCCAUCGACCACAAGUCCAAGAGCCUUUGAUGACCUCGUCCUUCCCUUCAAGGCCAUGGGAACGUCUUGGAAUGGACUUGUUCGAACACAAAGGAAAAACAUUCCUGAUAGUCGUUGACUACUACUCAAGGUGGAUUGAAAUCAAACAACUGCAAGGUCAGACAACAGCAGCAGUGAUUUCUUCCCUAAAAGAGAUCUUUGCAACACAUGGGAUUCCAGACCUUGUAGUAUCAGACAAUGGCCCACAAUUUGCCAAUGAGAACUUCAGAAAGCUUGCUGAAGAGUAUGGAUUUGUCCAUACUACCAGUUCUCCAAGGUACCCGCAGGCAAAUGGUGAGGCAGAACGAGGAGUUCGCACUGUCAAAGCAUUGCUGAAAAAGAACCAUGACAUCAACCUAGCCCUUCUCAGCUACCGAGUAUCUCCACUCCAAAAUGGGCUAGCUCCAUCAGAACUUCUCAUGGGCAGGAAAUUGAAGACUCAGGUUCCUGUGUUACCACACACGCUCCUGCCACAACUACAACAGCAGGACCUGAAAUCUGUGAGAGAGAAAGAGGAGAAGUACCGGUCAGAUCAGAUGAUGACCUACAACAGACGUCAUGACUCACGUGAGCUUCCAGAGCUACAGCCAGGAGAUCUGGUUUGGAUCCGUGAUCAGUCUCGCUAUGGGAAAGUUAUCCAGAAAGCAAUACAACCAAGAUCCUACCAUGUCCAGACAGAGCAUGGUACAAUACGUCGCAAUCGGAAGGCACUGAUUUCCAUUCAGGACCAGGCAAAGACGACAGUGCCAGAUCCUUCCAGUGACGUGCCAACCAGCCCUGAUGAUCCUGAUGGUGAGCCAGAUACCCUGCAGCCUACCCAGCAGACUGGCCCGAGUCAGCAAGGUGCAUCACCAACAAGAGGUAUGACGGAAACACGAACAAGAUCCGGACGACUUGUAAAACCACCCAACAGACUGUCUCUUUAA